AUGACAGAUUUAGUAGGAAAAUCUGGAAACAACUUACUGAUUCCAUUAUUCUCUACUACUUUACUUAAUGAAUUCAUCAGAAAAUUAGAUACUGACAAAGAUAUUCUAUUCUAAGAAUUAGAAAAAUUCAUUUUUGAGAGUAAUUUUAAGCAACUAUGA